UUUAAGCACCAGGCGACACCACGCUGAAAUAACAACAAAAACCCACUGCGAAAUACUCCUACUACUAGCAGUUCUUCGCUGCAGCAGCAUCACACAGAUUUAAGGUUCAAUCUCCAGACAGAAAAUGGCGAACGCGGUGUCGGGCGUGGCGGUGAGCGAGGAGUGCGUGAGGGCGUUCCAGGAGCUGCGGGCGGGGCGGGCGCACCGGUUCGUGGUGUACAAGAUGGACGAUGCCGUGCAGCGGGUGGUGGUGGACAAGGUGGGCGGCCGCGACGCCGGCUUCGACGACCUCGCCGCGGCGCUCCCCGCCGACGACUGCCGCUACGCCGUCUACGACCUCGACUUCACCGUCGGCGACGCCACCGCCAAAGGCGCCGACGGGGAGGCGCCCCGCAGCAAGAUAUUCUUCAUCUCCUGGUCGCCGGCGAGUGCGGAGGUGAAGAGCAAGAUGAUCUACGCCAGCUCCAACGAGGGGUUCAAGAAGGAGCUGGACGGCACGCAGAUCGACGUGCAGGCCACCGACCCCAGCGAGCUCACCCUCGACAUCCUCAAGGACCACGCCACCUAACCAAUCAAGCAAUCCCUCCAGUGUGUAUGAUUGACGGUUCACGCGUGCACGUUACGUGCGUGCUAGUUUUGUGAUGUGCAUGUAUCUUUGCCCUUUUCGAUUGUGUUGUGUGCUUCCAACUGGAUCGUGUCGUCGACCCCAAGAGAAUGAUGAUGAUUUUCCAUUGUACUAUGUGGUGUGCAAAUAAUUGACUCUAUCCUCAAGUGAAACACGUAAUUUUUUCCGAUAAAA